CUCCCCUCACAUGACCGCUGUCGACGCUCUUGCCGCGCCCGCCCGCCCCUCGGCAGAGCCCCUGUGCCGGCACUAUGGCCCCGCGCCGCCCCUACGGACUCGAGUUGUUGUCGCUGCUGCUGCUCGGAACCUGCGGUUUUUUCCAGUCCUAUGCAGUGGAAGUAGAUGUAAAGGAUGCCUCUAAUGUUACAUGCUUGUAUGCACAAUGGAUGAUGAAAUUCUUGAUAAAGUAUGAAACAAACAGUAGCGAUUAUAAAAAUACAAGCUUGGAUUUGACACCCACCGUGACACACAACGGAAGCAUCUGUGGCAGUGACACACAAGCUGCGCUUCUGGCAGUGCAGUUUGGAGAUGGUCACUCUUGGAGCGUUAACUUCACCAAAAACAAUGAAACUUACCGGGCUGAGUUUAUCACGUUUACCUACAACACCAACGAUACUGCUGUCUUUCCUGAUGCUAGAAGACAAGGACCAGUUACAAUUGUUGUAAAGGAUGGUAUGCAUCCAAUUCAACUGAAUAAUGUCUUUGUGUGUCAUCAUACCACGUCUUUUGAAGCGGAAAAUGUAACACAGAUAUUCUGGAAUGUUACUAUGCAGCCUUUUGUUCAGAAUGGCACAAUUGGUAAAAAAGAGUCCAGGUGUCAUGCUGAUACACCUACUGCUGCACCGACUGUUCUGCCUACUGUCGCCAAUGUAACUACUGCAUCUACCACCAUUUCACCUGCUCCAACCGCCACUCCCAAACCUGUUGAGAAUCCAGCCACAGGAAACUAUUCUCUUAAAACUGGAAAUAAAACUUGUCUUCUGGCUACUGUGGGGCUGCAGCUGAAUAUUUCCCAAGACAAGCCUCUUCUGAUCAACAUCGAUCCGAAAACAACUCAUGCGGAUGGGACGUGUGGUAACACAUCAGCUACUCUGAAAUUGAAUGAUGGAAAUAGGACGUUAAUUGAUUUCACGUUCAUUGUUAAUGCAAGUACAAGUGUACAAAAAUUUUAUCUGAAAGAGGUGAAUGUUACACUACUCAACCAUCUGAAUGGUUCUGUCAUUUUAAGUGCAGAUAACAACAACUUCAGCAAAUGGGAUGCUUCCCUUGGUAAUUCUUACAUGUGCCGUAAGGAGCAAACUCUUGAGAUUAACGAAGACCUUCAAGUACAUACUUUUAACCUAUGGGUUCAACCAUUCCUUGUGAAAGAAAACAAGUUCUCAAUAGCCCAGGAGUGUUCGCUGGAUGAUGACACCAUUCUAAUCCCAAUUGUAGUUGGAGCUGCACUUGCUGGCUUGAUUGUCAUUAUAGUGAUUGCUUACAUAAUUGGCAGAAGGAAAAGCUAUGCUGGAUACCAAACUUUGUGAAUCAAAAUGUAAUCACUGUUCUGAUUUCACCCUUAAUGAAGCAAGUGCAAGUUCCGAAGUCCAAAAAAGCCCCGAAACUUAACAACUAAAUACUAGCCGCAGCUAAUUGGAGUUGGGAAGCAAAGGGAGGAUGUUUGUCUCAGAUGAAGCAGAACUUCAUUUUUAGUUUUCCAGCUCCAAGAAGAUGACGUGAGUCUCAUAGCUGUUCUGAAGAUGGCAGAUACCGCUACUGCAUAAAUGAUUAGGCUAAGGAUUUCAUUUUGAACUAAACCUUGAAAUGUUUAGGGUUUAUUUUUUCUUUUCAUAAAUUGUAGCCUGAAAUAGAGCACGUUCUAAGCCGAUGUUCAUUGGGCAAAUUACAGCAUUGCAUAGGAUUUGUACUUGCUUCUCUCCUCUGCAUUCCUUAGUUGUUGUCAUAUUUGUGGGUUAAGUUGGCAGCGUUAGUCACCGUGUUGACUCGCAUAGUACUUACCACGGAUUGUGUGAUGCCCAGUAACAGCUUUGUUUUCCAUACAGUUAAACUUCAGGCUGGUGUCUGAGGGAUUUUUUUUGAAGUGGCAGCAGUAACGUACUUAGCUUUGAUGGAGUUUGAGUAGUUUCUUCCUGCCUCGGUGGUUUUGGGAGCCAUCCCCAUACCAUGGCUGUACAUACAAAGUGGGUAACCUAUCCCUGCCAGGUGGAGGAUGUGUUGGAAGAAUUUGGUGCAGUUUCCAAGUGCUUUUCAAAAAAAAAAGUGGGCUUUUUUGUUUUCUUUCUUUUUAUGAAUUAUUAGGCAUGAAUUCUUCAUCAUGGCAAUCCCCUGAAAUAUUCAACUGAGGCAGAAUUCUGCUAAAUUCAUGCAGGUUUUGGGUUUUUGUUUUUUUUUUUUGCUGGCAUCAAUUUAAAGGGAAUAACUGUUCUAAAUAGUCCAGAACUUUAAAGUGCACUUAACUUUAUACUUUGCACAGAACUGGUCUAUCUUAUCUUAUUGCUUUGAAUGACCAUUGUAACUUCAAGGAUGCUUUUGUUCAAUGAGCCAGUAUCUGUUGCUGCAACUUGAGUUGUCUUUAAGUCUUCAUCUCGAAUGGUUCUCUGCUAAUCGAAAUCCACAUUAUAACCUUCUGCCAUUGACAUGCUCAGUGUGUAAUGUACUUUCUGUUUGACUGUGUGCUGUGUAGCUUUUAUCAAUGUUAAGAAUGCAAAAGCCAAACAAGUCUGAGAUGGACCCACUACACCUAUUUUUCCUGCUGUGUGGAAAGGCCGACUAGUUUAAAUAUACAGUGCAGGUGGACUGUCCUUACGCUGCAGCUCUAUAGAGAUUAACCAUUGCUGCGACCUUUUUCUGUCCUCUUUGUGCUGUAGUAGUUUUUAUUGCAUGGGAAAAAAAGUUUUCUAAACAACGUGUGACUUUUUACUUAUGUCAUAACACAAGCUGCUUAAACUAGUCAUUUAACAAACAUAGUUGUCUCCUUUAGAAUGAGUUUAGCCUGCAACAAAGCCGGUUUCGUGUUUUAUUAGUGUUUUCUAGGGCUGUAGAGAUGUCUGUGGCAUGUUUGUAUACAAACCACUUCUUUCAGUAACGUUCUUUGGGUGAAAGUUUUCAUCAUACCACUAGCUAAGGAAGCAAGAAUGGGUGGAUAAAGCUUGCUAUAGCUUGUAGCCUACAGCUUGAAUUUUGCAUCAGUUACUGGAAAUCGUUUUAAUGAAAGUGGGGAACGCCUGUAAGCUUAAUCUCAAAACAGACUUCAAGGCUUUACUUUUUAAUUAAAAAAAUAUCAACUAGUGGCUCUAAUGAUUUUUCAUGUUAAUAUAUCCUUAAAUGCAGAAGUUCGUAUCAAUUUUUUUAGCAUUUUACUGACUGAUGUUCAGUGUCACCAGAUAUAUAUGUACGCUCAUGUCGGGGAGUAGUCACCACACUGUCCUCAUCUGAUCGUGUGAGGUUUUGAGCUGUGUAUGGUUUCUAAGUGAUGAAAUAGAAGAUGGCAGUGCUUUGCAGUAGAAAGCCAACAAAACUAAAUGCCUCCUUGCACAAACCUGGAAGCUGAUCUCCAUCUCCGAGUCUAUUGGUGCCAAGAUUAAAGUACUCCUAGACCGAUGUGCAGUUACCUGGUUCUAAAACGUCUCAGUUUCGCCUGAUUGCCUGUUGUUAUAAAACCACCAGUUUUUCUGUCUGUGUUGCUCCAUAGGGAAUUGUCAACCUGCUCAACCUGUGCUCUAAAUAAUAAAGAUUGUUCUGUUUCUUAAGGAAACUUGUUCAUACUUUUUAACCAAUUUGAAAGCAGACAUCUUGUAUUAUCUUUUCUAAAAGAAAAUAAAUGAGCGAGGCCAACUUUAAUCAGUCUA